AUGUCGGUCUUACAGCAGCCGGUGAAGAUGAGAAGAAAAAAAUGGGAGGACAAGAGACUUGAAGGAGUCCGAAACAACAGGCGAGUCUUCUGGAAGGAUGUACUGUAUUCACAGGAUGCGACGAGCCAAGUGGACCGCCGUUCCACCGUGCAGGCUGAUCUGGAGAAGGACGGUGGGAGACAUGACGAUAACUCGACCGCCUACCAACCAACCGCCCGCCUCCGAUUAUUUGUGGAACAAGGGAACCUGCGUGUCCUGAACCCUUUGUGCAACGAGAGAGAAGGAGAGAGCUACAGGAUGGCCCGCGAUCGUACAGCGGCAACUCGCCUUGCACUCGGGGAGGGUGGAGAGCUAUCAGUGACGCUUCAAGUCAUGUACCGUCUCAAAAUUGGCCUGAGGCUGGAUAGGAUGUACCGGCAACAUCGACUUCGAGAGAGGGAGGGGGAAGGGUUGUUGAUAUGCAACAUACCUGAAGAAGCAAGCACAUGUGCCUCUUCAGGCAUAGCCGGAAAAGAAUUAUCUGAGCCUCCAGGUCUUUUCGAGCUCGCACUGUCUGCGCAGAUUCACUAUAACCAUGGUACGGUAGUAGUAAGUUCCUGGUACCGUCCUGGCCUUUUUGCUAGAAAAAGGGGAAGAAGAGCGAAGGCGGGAGCGAAGGGGAAAAGCCAAGCAGCAGCACUGCAGUAUUUCUCGCAGCCUCCGAUGCCGACCGGUCAAGCAGUCGAGCUACUCCUCGAUGUUGCGUUGCGUUGCAUAUGCCGGGGACCACUGCAGCAGCAGCAGCUUAAGCGACAACGCCGGUCCUCCGCUAACCAUCGCCUCGACGGCUGGGUCUACCUGAGACGGACGGGACGAGACAGGGUGGCAAUUCUCUCAACAGAAAACAGAAGAGGGGAAAAGAAAAUUUCCUCUGAGGACAGCCGAAUUUACAAGACCCUGCAACAUCAACAAAAUAGAUAA